AUGUCGUCAGAAGCCGAGUCACAGAAAUACCCAGAGCUCAUCCGCGACACGCAUAGUCUGCAAGCAUACCUGGAGAAACUCGUCGAUGCCUAUGGUUGGCGUCCCAGUGAAUACAUGACGGAGCUAUGUGUGGUGAAGGUAUCGCUGAUGAAGAAUGUCAAGACCAAAUCAAGGCACGAAUCCCUCCUGGUCGAACUUAGGGACCCCAACGGAGGCGCUCACUACCUGUACUUUGAACGAGCACGGGACGUUAAUGAUGGAAAGCGCAGCUCGUCGGGUCCGGCGCAACCACCGCCUGACACUGAGCAAUUGUCUGCAGGCCCGACACCGAGCUACUCUCCGAGUGUGAGUUCCAGGAAGAAAAACCGAAGACAGAAAAGCCUACUUCGCAGACAGUCGGAAUUAUUAUUGAACCAAACGAUAUCUUCGCUGAGCACCGCAUCUUCUAGUGCUUCUCAAUCUGUCAGUGAUUCUUCGAUGGGCACAGCGUGCGAUACCGUGACAUGUGUUCCCGACGGCCGGCGCUCGGGCGAGAAGUGCAUGUGCCGGCUAGAAUUCGAGAGAGAAGGAACUGGCAACGUCCCGGGCGUCCUACACGCACGACCGUCCGUGUACGAUAUUGCAUUGAUUGCAGACAUCUUGAACAAGGAGGUGCCGCGUUACCACCUCUUCAAAAGCAAUUGUUACCAUUUCGCCGGUCUCCUUUACGACACUCUUAAUAAACUGUACAAUCCGAGCGAAACCAUCUUGGAGAAACUGAAUGGAAAAUGGAAGAGAUUUCCUCUGUAUGCUAAAGAUCCGGAGCAGACAAUUGCCUCCAUCAUUGAUCAGUAUCGCGACGCUCGCCAACAAUUUCACACCAAGAUUGAGAAUCUCCACGUCGCGAGGGAUAAGGCCAAGAGGGAGGCCGAAGAAAGGGCCCAAGAGGCCGACGAGCGCGCCAGAAGUGAGGCGCACCGCGCUGAUACUGAAGCGCAGCGCGCUGAUACUGAGGCGCAGGAGAAGAAAGAGGCUAAAGAUCUCGCUCGAAGUGAGGCCCAGCGCGCUGAAAGUGAGGCCCAGCGCGCUGAAAGUGAAGCGCAGCAGAGGAGAGAGUUGGAGAAACGGUUGCAGAUGGAGGGGAACCAGAAGAAAGAGGCGAACUACCGCGCUCUAAACGAAACACGCUUGAAGCAAGAGGAGAGGGGGCGGAGGGAAGAGGCGGAAAGGCGCGCUCAAAAUGAAGCGCGCUUGAGGGAAGAGGAGGCGCGGCGGAGGGAAGAGGCGGAAAGGCGCGCUCAAAAUGAAGCGCGCUUGAGGGAAGAGGAGGCGCGGCGGAGGGAAGAGGAGGCGCGCUUGAGGGAAGAGGCGGAAAGGCGCGCUCAAAAUGAAGCGCGCUUGAGGGAAGAGGAGGCGCGGCGGAGGGAAGAGGCGGACAGGCGCGCUCAAAAUGAAGCGCGCUUGAGGGAGCAGGUAGAAGAGGAGUUGAAAAGAUACAAAAACAUGCUCAAGGAGAGUCCACCUGGUGUGAAAGAUUCAGCCCGCAUGUCGAUUGUUCUUCCUACACAGCCCUCAGGCAAACCGGAACAACCAAACAACAAGACUCAAGUUAAUUAUUGUCCAACUUCCUCGCGAGUACGCGAGUCGCUUAAGCUCGGGCUCCCCCGACUCAAAAACCGCGCGCUUUCCUCUGCUUGA